AUGCCUCCUCCGGUUCAAGUUGCGACCCUGGACAUCACCCCUCCGACCGUCAGUCACAAUGGGUAUCAAGGAUUCAACCCACGAAAAGAGGUCCUACCGAAGGGCUGGAAUGCCUUCAACUCGCGCCCCCUGGACGAAGAUUUAAUCGCCGAACAUGAUGUUGGCAUUCGAGUCCGAGACGGCUGCAUCCUCUACUGUGACGUCUAUCGACCCGUCACGGAUAAGCCAGUCCCCGCGAUUGUCUGCUGGAGCCCUUUCGGCAAAAAGCACAAUGGAAUCAACAUGAUGAAAAAGGUGCGCUGGGGCGUUGGUGUGCCCGAUGGGUGCCUCAGCGGUCUUGAACGGUUUGAAGGCCCAGAUCCGGCCGAGUACUGUCCGCGAGGAUUCGCAAUUGUCAAUGUCGAUGCUCGUGGCGCUGGAGACUCGGAUGGGUCGAUUGUGAUUAUGGGCAAACAAGAAGGAGAGGACGGCCACGACGUGAUCGAGGGGCUCGCCAAGUUGCCCUGGUGCAAUGGAAAUCUCGGCCUAGCAGGGAAUUCGCACCUGGGCAUCGUGCAGUGGUUUAUUGCAGCUACGCAACCCCCAUCCCUAAAGGCCAUCGCGCCCUGGGAGGCAUGCGGAGAUUUGUACCGUGAACAAUUUGUGCGAGGCGGUGCCUGGGACAAUGGCCUGUUUGACCUGAUUACUCGUGAGUCCAUUCGUGGCCGCCAUGGGCUCGAGGACUUCAAGGCGAUGUAUCGCCGGUGCCAGACAAUGAACCCAUAUUGGGAAGACAAACGGGCAGACAUCGCCUCCAUCAAGAUCCCAACCUACAUUGUCGCCUCCUAUUCUAGCUUCGUCCACACAAUGGGAUCGAUUCGGGGAUGGCUCCAGGUCAACACGGAUGAGAAGUGGCUCCGCUGGGACCCUUACCAGGAUUGGUAUGACCUCUGGGUUGACAAGGAGAGCAAGGAGGAGCUUGCGAGCUUUUUCUCUCGCUAUCUGAAGGCAGAAAAUAACGGUUGGGAGAAGACCCCCCGGCUCCGGAUGGCCUCAUUGAAAUUUGGUGACAAGGACCCCAUUUAUCCCAUUGCAGCGAGCGACUUUCCGUUGCCAGAGACGGAUUACCGACAACUCUUUUUCACCACGGACGGCAAACUGGCCGACAGCCCGCCUUCGUAUGACCGAGUCCUCGAAUACAACUCCGAAAGCAGCACUGACCCAUCCGACUUCGUUGGCUUCACGCAUACCUUCCAACAGCCUACACGCUUGAUGGGUCUCCCCAAGGCAGUCCUGUACAUGUCGUGCCCUGACCUGGAUGACAUGAUCAUCUACGUUCUCAUCCGCAAGCUUGAUACGAACGGGAAUCCAAUGAUCAACAUCAACAUCCCCUGGAGUGCGGCCCCAUACAAAACGGCAGCUGAGAUUCCCAAGGAAGAGUACUCGAACCUCACCAUCUACUAUGGCCCAACAGGAAUUCUCCGAGCUUCCCACCGAGCCAUUGAUCCCUCUCGGUCCAUCCACCCUCAAUACCCCUUUCAUCCACACGACAAGGUCGAAAAGAUCACUCCAGGAACCGUGGUCAAGCUUGAGAUCGGCUUGUGGGCGAUGGGCACGGACUUUGAGGCUGGCGAGUCGCUGCGCGUCCAAGUUUCUGGUGAGUAUCCCCUGAUCAAGGAGUAUAAGGGGGCCAAGGUAGAUCUGGAGGUUCGAAACAAGGGGAGACAUCGGGUUCACGUCGGGGGAGAAACUCCCAGUCACGUUAUUUUACCCUUUGUAUAG